AUGAAUCCCAAGAGCAACGAGGCGCCGGUGAGCGGAUAUGCGCAAAUUUGCAGCUUCCUGUUUCACCUGAAAGUUUUGAUGGGAUACACCGUCUACAACUACAUCUCCGAGCACUUUGUGACCGUGUUUCUACGUCGUCUUUUCUGCUCGCUGGUAAGUGUCCAGCUGGACAACGAUAAGGUGCGAAGGGAGCGCGACGCGACGGCGCAUCUGUUCGACGCGCGGCCCGAACUCGCCGGCCUCAGCAGCGGCACCAGGAACGCCUUCCGGGCUGGCCGCAGCAGCAAUAGCACCAACAACAACAACAACAAUAGCAGCAGCAGCAACAGCAGCAGCAACAACAGCUCCGCCAUGAUUGACGCCCACGGGAACGCCCUGCCGCCGCUCAGUCCCUCCAGCAACAACAACUCGACGACCGAGUUGGAAAAUGACAAACCGAUGCUGCCCAUGACGCCCGCAAAAGCGCUCGACUACCACGGCAUACACCUGACAGACUUCGAGAAGCAGGAAAUUGAGAAGUACAAGGAAAUCUACUAUCUCGGACUGGUCGCACGCAAGAUCAAUGCCAAGGCCGGAGUCGGCGCGAACAACGGUUUCGACGAUGAAAAUGGAUGCUAUCAGAAGAUCGUACACGACCACAUCUGCUACCGGUACGAGAUCCUGGAGGUGAUCGGCAAGGGCAGCUUCGGGCAGGUGAUCCGGGCGCUCGAUCACAAAACCAAGCAGUACGUGGCGAUCAAGAUCAUCCGCAACAAGAAGCGCUUCCACCAUCAGGCCCUCGUCGAAGUUCGGAUAUUGGACGAGCUGCGCAAGAAGGACGCCGACGGAAGCCACAACGUCAUCCACAUGCUGGAUUACUUCUACUUCCGCAACCAUCUCUGCAUCACGUUCGAGCUUAUGAGUCUGAACCUGUACGAGUUGAUCAAGAAGAACAACUAUCAGGGAUUCAGCCUAAGCCUCAUCCGGCGGUUCUGCAACUCGAUCGUCAAGUGUUUAAGGUUCCUCGACGAUCUGAACAUUAUUCACUGUGAUCUAAAACCGGAAAACGUGCUACUCAAACAGCGGGGCAGCAGUUCGAUAAAGGUCAUCGAUUUCGGCAGCUCGUGCUUUUCCGACCGAACCGUCUACACCUACAUCCAGUCCCGCUUCUACCGGUCGCCGGAAGUCAUCCUCGGCUACCCGUACGGCAAGGGUAUCGACAUGUGGAGCUUAGGAUGCAUUCUGGCCGAGCUGUACACCGGUUAUCCGCUGUUCCCGGGGGAGAACGAGGUCGAGCAGCUGGCGUGCAUAAUGGAAAUACUGGGCGUCCCGCCGAACGACGUCUUCCAGCUGGCGACCCGCAAGCGGCUGUUCUUCGAUUCCCGAGGAGUCCCGCGAUGCAUCACCAACUCGAAGGGGCGCAAAAGGAAACCGGCCUCCAAGACGCUGUCGCAGGCCCUGCGUUGCAACGAUACCGUGUUCAUCGAUUUCGUCAGCAAAUGUUUGGAUUGGGAUCCACACAAGCGCAUGACGCCCGAGCAGGCGGCGCGCCACGAAUGGCUGCAGCCGAGCGCAUCCUCGACCUACGUUUCGUCCAAGUCGAAGGAGAGCAGCGACAGCCAGCUGAACUUCCUCCACAAACUGCAGCGAUCUCAGCCAAUGACACCAAACACCAUCCUGCCGGAGAUAAAGACUCCCUCCAACCGGAACCAGCGGUACACCAAAGAGCGCGUCAAAGCUACCGAUCUCGAAACGGCACAACAGCAAUACUCACUGCACCGGUUGAACACGGCCCGGAAAGUGACCGCCGGCGGUGCGGGCCUAUCGAAUGCGAACCACAACAAUAACAACAACAACAGCCACCACCACCACCACAGCGGGGGCAACAACAACAACAAUGGUACGUCGGGCAGCACGCAGACAAUAAACGGGGCGUCCAAGUACUCGUCGUCGACGUCGUCGGCCCAUCAUCACCACCAUCACCAUCACGGUGGCGCGAUGCCGCACUCGCAGAGCACCGGCGACGUGUCGGCCAUCUUCGGUCGGGCAUGACAUGAGACGCUGGCCCGGGCCAAGGAUACGAGCAAAAUCAUCAGCCUCAUCUAGGGCAAAGGAAGGCGGGGUGGUGCGUGAGGUUCGUGAAGGGGGAGCUCAAGGGAGGAACAUCUCCGCGACUUCGAGUGGAGCUGUAUAUUAGUUGCAACCAUUCUUGAGGCGGAUCAACCGAUGGAUGGACAUAGUGAUGUGUAGUAGUAUAUUUGAUGUAAACGUCGUGCUAAACGUUAGAUACGACCACGACCAUAUACAAGUAGGGUGUAAAAACAAAGCAAAAGACAACAGUCCGCCGACAGUUCUCCCGUGGCGCUUACAGUACGAGUUUUACUUCUCUCCUUCCCUGUCCAACCGUGUGGUGGUGGUUUGUUCGAUGGCUCGAAUCCCGAAAAAAAAACGGACCCGUUCGAUGGUUUUAGAUUUCCACACCCACACUCCCGGCGGGAGGCUCAACGGCAGCAGGGACACAACCGGCAGGAGCUAAUUACUGUGACUGUGACAAAAUAAAUAACUGUUUCAACAACGUCGGCUCAAACGUACGUUGUUGCAUCGUAGUUGUGUAGCAGAGAGAGAGACUAGGAUAGGCGAGCCUUAGGGUAGCGAUUCGGUUAGGUUAGGGCCCUCGUGAAGGAUCAUCAUCAAGCACACGAUGAGUCAGGCAGAGGUAGAUUUUGCGCAUCUAUUGCGGGCGACAAAUGCGCCAUUUCUUGAUGGGGACUCGACGAGCAGUAGUUUGUUUGUAGAGGAAAAAUCUUUCGUAAAGUGAAGUAAAGCGUAGAAAUAAAGUAAAGUCCCGAACCAAUCCGAACGUGUAGUGCAGACGGAAGGCCAGAAAUCCCUUUGUAGAAAAUAUCCCCUGCCCGGUAUCGGAAUCGAAUCAGAGCUAGUGAGUGUAGACGCAGCGCAGAGAUGUAUCUUUAUACACAUACAUAUACCCCCAUAUAUCUGAUAUAUAUAUAUUUAUUACGAUCAAUGACAACAAUGAUGUGGUAAUCAACUAGAAGUAAACGUUGGACAAAGUGUCGCGCGAGUGAGUAGGCCAGAGCUGAACCGAAUAAUAAUCCCUCUCAACCGGUGAUACACAGAAGGCACACUGGGAAGGUAUCUAUAAAUAUAUACGGGAAAGCUCAUUCUGAUGAGAGAGAGAAAAAAAACGGGGUCCGAAUGGCAGGAGGGAUCAGAACCGCUGACAACAAGCUAGUGACUAAUCAUUAAUCUGUAAGUAUAGUUCUCCUCAUCCUCCUCAUGAUUAUUGUAUUUCUUUCUGCUGUGAACCACCCCUCGGUGAACAUUAAAGGUUGGCUCCCGGUAGUGGUUUGUUUUCAGUACGAACUAUUGAACGAGGGAAUCGUUUAAUUGGGAGCGUUGUAAGAAGAAAAAGAAACGAUGCUUUGCACGAAAAAUGGAAGGCAAACAAAAAAAAAACGAAUGACAACAAUAACGCAUGUGUAUAACAAAUUAUUUAAUCAAAACUUAACGUUGGCCGACCGAUGGAUCGCAACGACCGCUGGACUCAACCUUAUUCUAAUGAACUAUGUAUUAAAAACAAUUUAAUUAAAAAAAAAAACAAACAAUACUGCUAGCCGCCGGACAGAUGGGAGCGUCGUGAAUAUUAAGCAAACGGAACAAACAAAAAAAAAAGGAAGAAUAAACUGCAAAGGUAACGAUUAUUUUAGUGUACAUUUGUGAGACUGCGAUCAGACGAGGGUCGACGCUACACUGUUUUCGAGAA